CUCCAUACAAGUUGUUAGGCGCCAUUAAACCCUUACUAGAGGAACGGCUUAGCCCCCUUGGGAGUCCAGCUCAAUACCUGAAUUCCCCAAAAUGCAAACAGCAGGUCCCUGCCGGUCGAUUACUACAACGCGGCAGGCCCGCCUGCACGUAUCAUGCUCUGCAAGCGUAUCAAUAUGUCCAAAGCUUAUGCAAAAAGCUCGUGUCUUGGCUGCGGUGGGAUCUGCUUGGCAGCGGCAACCGCAGGAGCCGACGCCCGUUCUGAAAAGCCGCGAGGUGCUAAGGCAGGAGCUGAAGUCUCAGUUAAUGAACACAAAAUGGAUGGGUGCCAUCCUCCCAUUCGCCGCUGCGAUCCCGUCAUCUGCCGGCGCAACCGCUGAGAUUUAUGGGACUCUUGCCAAAGCCCUUGAUAUCUAUCUGCUCGUCCUGACGCUGCGAGUCAUCCUGACCUGGUUCCGAAACAUCAACUGGUACAAUGAGCCCUUCGCCACCCUGCGGCAGUUCACGGACCCCUUCCUCAACACCUUCCGCGGCAUCCUGCCCACCUUUGGCGGCAUCGACGUCUCCUCCAUGAUCGGUUUCCUGCUGCUCAACUUUGUGAGGAACCAGCUGGUGCACCUCUCACGCACCAUGCACUAGACGGGCGCGCGAGCGCCUUCACUUGGUCGCCUGUGCUAGGCAGCUGGUGUGUAGCGUUAUCUAUCUGCGAGCCGUAUGCACUGGUAUCAAGUCGUGCAAACCGCGCUAGCAACCUAGCCAGGCAUGCACCUUGAGCGCUCCGGCUAACAGUGGAAGGGAGGGGUUUGGAGCCGUACAAUUAGGAUAGGGAGUGGUGCUAGGCGGCGGCUGGUGCACAUCUUUCCUGCACCCUGGUUUCGGUGCCUGGUCAGAACCGGUAGCCCAUACAGUAGCUAGGACUGGUUGGCUGUUGUGUUUCUGCCUGUGAGGGCAGGCAGCCAAGGCAGGCUAAUGAACCACUGCAACACCCUAAUUUAGACGGAAAGGACGAAGCGUCGCUCACUUAACCAGUGGCUCCAUGCAGUGCAACUGCAUGUAAGUACUGCAUUUCUAGCCUGCUUUUUGAACUCGGCGGAGGUCCCAAGGCUGGUUGACGUUGAUGUUUGGGGUUGCAGGAUCUGCGGGUAGGGACCAAAGGCAUCCCAGGAACCGGAGGUCCAGGGAAGGAAGGGGACAUGGUGGCAGUAGUACGAGCGGAGCAGGUUGGCAGCAGCGGGAUGGGGGAUAGCGGGGCUAAGUGAGGGGGUCCCGGCAACUGGAUGUGGCGUGUUGCCGACUUCUCUCGGUAUCUGGCUUGCGUUGACGGCUGUUUUACAUGUCGCUGUUGCUGGGUCAUGUGCUGAUGUCCCUAGGUACGCAGGUGGCCGUUGAUGAGGUUGUGACCGUUGACUAACCGUUGAGGUGUUGGUGCUGCGGGGUGCAGCGCGGAUAGGCCAGCAGGACACAACAGCAUGGGGUGAACGCACAAGGAUGCAGAGAAGCAUGCGGGUUCCGAUGUGGAGACAUAUGUGACAUUUGUGGAGAUACGUCGUGGGUUAGGCUGUCCUGUGCAAGCUGGCAGCAGCCACCGUAAGCACCAGUCUCUUCAUCGCGCGGCUUCGUCGUACCGUUGAGUCUCUUGUCACGUGGCUGAAAAACGCACCAAAUGCAAAAUACUUGUUG